GUGCUGGCGCACUCCACGGAGGCGCUGCUGCGCCGCCACGCUGCCACGCCUGAGCAGUUCGUUGCCGCGCUCAGGGCCAAGUACCUCGUCCGCGCGGGGCUGUGCGGUCAUGGGGCGCGGGGGGGAGGCGCACGAGGGAACGGACGGGGGAGGGGCCGGGGAGGUGGGGAGACGCAUAGUGGGGAGAUGGGGGAAGGAACAGGAGAAGAGGGAGAGGAGGAGGGGGGGAUGGAUUGGGCGAGGAUGGGGAGGGAGUUUGGUUUGGAGCUGGUGCGACCUGCUUGGACGAUUGGAACCAUCAUACCUCCUCCCUCCCCUGCCAAUCAAACCCUUUCCUCCCCUCUUGGCCCUCCCGCUCUCCCCCCUGUCUCUCCCCAAUCGCCUGGUGAGCUGGUUACCAGCUGUGGUGCUGAUGUGAGCCUGCAACACCUGCGCAGAUGGGGAUGCGGCUCACUAGAAGGGUGUGGAUGCGGGGGGAGAGAGAGGGGGGAGGGAGGGGGAAGGGUGGCGGUAGUGGCAGCAGGGAAGGGAGGCGAUGUUGGAGAGGGACAGAUGUAUGGCUGGGUAAAGAGGGCACCACAGCACCGCGUGCACCUGCCGCAGCUCUCUCACCAUCCCUUCUUCCUCAUUCUCCCUCUUCCGCCACCCCCCCUAUGUCCUUUCCCCCUUCUGCACCUGAUUCCUUUGUACCAUGUGCUUUUCAAGCAGUUGAACAAGCAGCAAGGGAAGGACGGGGGAAGGAGGACGGGGCAGCAAGGAGACAGCAACGGAGGGGACAGUGAAGGAGAUCUGAACAAGCAGCAAGGGAAGGAAGGCGAAGGAGCAGAGGGUGGCAGUGGCAGCAAGGAGACGGCAACGGAAGGGACAGUGAAGGAGAUGUAUCGCCGGCUCAAGAGGGCACCACGGCACCGCGUGCAGCUGCCACAGCUGCUGCUAUCGCGCACAUCCUUUGCCCACACUGUCGAGAACAUGUUUGCGCUCUCAUUCCUUGUGAAAGAGGGCCGCGUGGGGCUCACGCCUGAUCCGACUUUUGGGGCUGCUGUUGACCUUCGCCCACCCACGGAGCCCGCAUCAGGCAGCGCGCAACCGAAGGGGCAGUUUAUAAUGCGUCUUGACAUCAACGACUGGAAG